CCCAGGCGGGGGUUAAAUGACUUUCCAGGCUACCAUGCAUCUUUCAAUGUUUCUGUAGCCUCUGCCUGCGGACUGGACGACGCGCUUUACCGGUUCUCGGGUCGUACUUUAAUCAAGCGAGAAGGGCGUCCAAGAUGUGGUUUGCAAGCGAGAGUCGGGUCGCGAUGAGUAUGAUUUAUAUUAAGAUGGCUGAGACGUUUUCUAAGUGUACAAAUGUAUGGUCGAAGGAGAGAAAGCUUUGCCAAGCAAUGCUGACGGAUUCCCACUGUGACGCAACUGCGAACCGACUUCCCGCCGGCUCACUCCUACACUUCAGUUGCGGGCCAAAAUGAAACCCGCGAUAGCUGUACCAGCAAUCGCUGCGCUGAUAUACCGAGCGUGGUCCAGAAGGUCAUUGACGCCCGUCGGACUUCUCGCCGCUUUCCUCACAGCUUUCAUCCACGCACUACAUCCGUGGAGUGUGGGCUUCACGCUGCUUGGCGUUUUCUUCCUGGCUGGAACUGCCGUCACGAAGGUUAAGCACGACAUCAAAGCGAAGCUUACACAGUCUGCAACCGGCGCUUCCGGCGGAGAAGGCGCUCGAAACCACGUCCAGGUAUUGGCCAAUUCGCUAGCAGCUACGGCCCUGAUCCUGCUCCAUAUUUGGCACUUGAAGAAGGAAGGGACAUACUCGAAGGAGAAUCUGUGUUGGGGACGGGGUAACGAUGUCUUGGUCGUCGGAAUAGUAGCGAACUAUGCCGCCGUGGCAGCCGACACAUUCUCCUCUGAACUUGGUAUCCUCUCGAAAUCCAAGCCUCGCCUUAUCACCGCCCCAUGGCGCGUCGUCCCUCCCGGAACAAAUGGCGGAGUAACUCUGGCUGGCCUCAAUGCAGGGCUGUUGGGGUCAUUCAUCAUAGCUUCUACCUCUACGCUUCUGAUACCGUUUUGCAAGGAUUGGGACGCUGCUGGCAAGGCGAAAUAUACGCUGGCAAUGACACUUGCUGGCUUCAGCGGAACACUGCUGGACUCGUAUCUGGGAGCGGUUCUGCAAGCGAGCGUCAUCGACGUUCAUUCCGGAAAGAUCGUUGAGGGCGAAGGCGGGAAGAAGGUCUUGAUCCACGGAAGCCAUGUCAAACCCAUAGCCAACCUCCGGAGUCACGCAAUCAGCUAUGAAGAAGGGAAAGAGGGUGUAGCAAAGACGUCUGCUGUGGAUUCUAAGUUGAACGAGUCCGUCAAGACUUCGCGGACAAUGCAGAAGGGUGGAGCAAGUGGGGCUGCAGUUACUGAUGGACAGCAUGAGAGCCGGAGGGUUGAAGUCGGGCAUGACAUACUGGAUAACAACGCCGUCAAUCUUCUGAUGGCGGCUUUGGUCAGCGUUGGAGCUAUGCUGGCGGCUUGCGUGGUGUGGGAGUUACCGUUUAGUAGCAUGAUUCCUGUCGGCCUGCUUAUCCCUUCGGAACAAGCCAACAUGUCUCUCCGCUUCGUCCCCCCGAAAGCGCACCCGACGCACACCUCCCUCGAGACAUCUGCGCCCUCCGCACCCGGCGUCCACGACACUCUCCGUUCCCGGCUCGCGCAGACUUCAGCACCCGCGACCGCUGCCUCGUCAACCAAGCCCGUCGAACUUCAAUCAGCGCAUCCACUAGAGGCCCGCCUCGUCCAAUGGCGCGAGACGCAAGACCGGCUGAAGAUGGAGAUGCUGAGGCGUCAGUUCGGCAUCGCGGAGCCUAUUCGGAGGGGUAUGGAGCUCAAGAUUGCGACUGCGGGAGAGUGGAGACCGGCGGUACUGGGUGGAGCUAGCGGGGUGCAUAGGGAUAUCCUCGAGGGGCGGGAUUGCGAGAUUGGCUGGGAGGACGUGUUUGUCGGCCACGAGCUCCGCGAAGUGCCAGACUUCCACACCGAGAUGGAGGCCAAGAUGAAGAUGAACUGGUAAAAGAGCUAGGAGAAUGAGAGGUCGGCCAUGGGAAACACAAAGACGAGAAGCGGGAGGAUUAGAGUCCGGAAGAGAACUGUCUCCCUCAACCACAGUCUUGAUUCCCGGGGAGGUGGCCUGUAUUAUACUUUCGGCAUGGCAUGCACCUCGGCCUCGGGCGUGCAGCUCGACAUAGAGUUAGGAUAUCAACAAGGAACCAGCUUAGUCUGUUUCUGGGAUGAUGAUUGGAGCCGACCAGCUUUCGCAG